CUGUUUUCUCCCCAUCUAGGCAAGUCUUCCUUUGAAGUUGGUGCUGAGGAUGAUCAGAUCGCAGAGCUUCGUCUCUUACUCAGUCUCUUUAACUUCAUCCUCACCGAUGACUUUGAUCUUCGCCUCUCACUUGAUGCAGCUGAAACAGAAGUUCCUGUUGAGAUCCAUUUGGAGACUGGAAUGGACACUGACUCUAACAUUGUGUCUGAUGGCUCUCAUCGGCCCCCCGACCUGACCGCAGAUGUCGCAGUAACAGGCCUGGCAGAAAUCCUGCCACUUAUCACAGAGGAGCGACUUAUGAUUCCUGAGCUCUGCGGCCUCUUUUAUCAAGUUGUUUCUUGUGCAUGCAUUGUGCGGACAGAUGCACUGCAUAGAAUAACGGAUCAACAGCUUUAUUUGCUUGUUGAGAGGCUUCGAUUUGGCCUUUUUGGAUCUGAUUUAUCCAAAUCUUCUGUCUCGGCUUCAUACGUCUCAUCCAUCUCCGGCGAUCAGGGAUCUGGCAGGAUGCGUACGACGCCUAUUGGUUCUUGCUCAUCGAAGCCAUCUGGUUCAGCA